AAAGAACCCUGGAUACAUCCGGUUCCGCGCGGCGCCAUUUUGAUGAAACAGCGAGGAGAGUAGCAGUUGGAUGACCGAAAUGGAUUUUAUGGAUUUAAAUUGAAGAUUAACCUGGAUACACAACUUACAUGAUGGAAAGUAACAGUGCACUGAAGGGGAAUCUUUGCGUCCUGACUGCGUAACUGGUGGAUUUUGUUAAGAUUCUUCGACAGCUAACUUGGGCAACAUAGUUAGCAUAGCACCGUUAAUAGCGGUUACCUUUUGUUGGUGUUUUCAUGUUGAGUGGCGAGGUUAGCUAAUCUCGAGGUGUAGCAUGUUAGCCUUGGCAUUAGCUAACUUAAUAUUUAGACGGUAACGUUAAAUUUCAGAACAAUAUUUUCAAAGCCCAACAGCGAGAACGUAAAACUUUUGGACUCGCUGCUGAAGCAUUCACGCACUUUGGGGGACUUUUUUGUGGAGCUCGGUAGUGUUUGUCUUGAGUUGAAAAAUAAAACUGUAACGAAAAGGCAAGCCACAAAGACUGUUGUUCGGGAAAUCCCAGGCCCGCUGCUAACUUAGCUAACAGUUAGCGGCUUCCAGCGCAGUCGGCCCGGGCUUUCCACCAAGGACAAUUCACGACGGACUUGGCCUCAUUUACAUCCAUGUGAUAGAUUUUCUGCUGUAUGGACUCUGGAUUUGGUGGCACCCUGUUGUGUUUUAUCGGACUUUAAAGAACUGACGAGGCACACGGCGCCGCUCAAUGGCGCUCUGGCCUCACACCUCGAUUAUUUUUCUUUGGCAAUGACAAGGACUCUGUCGUCAUCUGCGAGCUGAACCCUUCCCUAUUUAGUUCUUUCUUUGUCCACAGUGUUUCAGCCAGUAUAAAGAAGGUUUACCUAUUAAAGUCACCCGAUUUAGCCUCCUGUGUUUAGUGUUGACGCUGUUUUUAUUUUGUUAUCAUACCAGGCCAUACCUGUGGGUUUUUUUUCCUUGUGCUUGAUUGACUUAAGUGCUUAGACCUGUAAAAAAUGUCGUGUGUUCACUAUAAGUUUUCUUCCAAACUGGACUACAACACAGUCACUUUCGAUGGGCUGCAUAUCACACUCAGUGAACUUAAAAAGCAGAUUAUGGGCCGGGAGCGCCUCAAGGCCACAGACUGCGACCUGCAGAUCACCAAUGCGCAGACUCGAGAAGAAUACACAGAUGAUGAAGCCCAUAUCCCGAAACACUCGUCCGUGAUCGUCCGCCGUACUCCGAUUGGUGGAGUAAAACCUGCUGGCAGGACGUUCAUUGUAGAUCGUUCUGACACAGCUGUGGUGGGAUCUUCUAGACCCACUGAUUCUUCUCCUUCUAUGUCACUCGCCCAACUUGCCAAGACUGCUAACCUGGUUGACGCAAAUGCAUCAGAGGAAGACAAGAUUAAAGCCAUGAUGUCUCAGUCCAAUCAUGAAUAUGACCCAAUACAUUACUCCAAGAAGGCAGUUGGACCUCCCCCUGCUCAUUAUACCUGCUUUCGUUGCGGAAAGGCUGGUCACUACAUUCGGCAAUGCCCCAUGCUGAUGGUCCAGGAUAAGAGUGUGGAGGGUCCCAAGCCUGUAAGGAUUAGUAAGGGCAUUCCUCAGAGCUUCAUGGUGAAAGCAGAGCCAGGCACCAAGGGAGCCAUGUUAACCAGCACUGGAGAAUACGCCAUACCUGCCAUAGAUGCGGAGGCGUAUGCGCAAGGAAAGAAGGAGCGCCCUCCGUUUGUUCCACAUGACCAGUCAUCAUCUGAGGACGAUUCAGACCCAAUCCCUGAUGAACUCUUGUGUCCGAUCUGCAAUGACCUGAUGACCGAUGCAGUAGUUAUACCCUGCUGUGGAAACAGUUACUGCGAUGAGUGUAUCAGAACUGCCUUGUUGGACUCAGAGGAGCACAUCUGCUUCACAUGCAAACAGUCGGACGUUUCACCCGAUAAUCUCAUUGCCAACAAGUUUCUUCGACAGGCUGUGAACAACUUUAAGAAUGAGACAGGAUACACCAAACAUGCGCGCAAGCAGGUCCAAAAUGCAGCCCCACCUCCACCGCGCCCUCAGUUGGUCAGGCCUCUGCAUUCGAGACAGCAGGACCCACUGAUGGCCAAUGUCACUAACCCCUCUUCUACAAGUGUACCCUCCACUGCACCUCAAGCACAGGUCCCACCCCCUGCACCUCCUUGUGUUGUUUCUGCUCCCCCUACUCCCCCUACUCCCCCUCAUGCUGCUGCUGUUGAAGAACGAGAUGCUUCACCAGCCCCUGCACCUGUCGUUGUUGACCACCAUUCCCCUAUGCACUCCACCAGCCAGGGUGAACCACCCCCACCAGGUGAGACAGACCCAGAACCUACUGUGACACCAGACUCAUCAGGAACUCCAGAAAGCGGAUCCCAGGGCUACCAUUUAACUGUUGUUGGCCCCCCGCCACCUAUAAGGCCGCCUUACUCAUCAGGUCACCAGACACGGCCCCACCACUCUCACAGAGGGGGAGGCAGACACUGGGAGAGGUCCUACAGAGGCAGAGGAGAGCACCCCUCCGCUCACCUCCAGACAGCUCCACCUCUUGCACCUGUUCCUCCAGUGUUCCCAGCUCCCUCCCUGUACCCCCCCCCCCCCCCACCCUACCCCCCUCCGUACACCUCUGGCCCCGUCCUUAUCCCUCCUCCUUCCAUCAGUUACCAGCCACAGCCUGUUUAUGGGCCAGGUCCACCAGUGCUCAACCAUCCUUGGGGUGCCCCUGGUGCCCAGCCCCCUCUUAUCCCUCUUCCACCUUCCCUCUCUCAGCCCCCACUCUCUAAGGAAGAUUUCUACAGACAGCGGCACCACAGACAGGACAAAGUUACAUCCAAACUGGAUGAAUUUACUAAGGACUUCCACAAAGAGCUCAUGAAGUACAGAAAUGCACCAAAGAGACGAAGGCCGUCUUAUUCCAGGUCCCGGUCAUACAGUCGCUCUCCAUUCAGCCGUUCAUACUCUCGAUCCAGGUCAAGAUCCAGGUCAAGAUCCAGAUCUUACUCUUAUUCCCCCAGUCGAUCCCGCUCCCGUUCACGAUCCCAAGGCCGGUCUUAUCCCCGCUCCCCUUAUUCUAGACGGAAUGGACGCAGUUAUGGACGCUCACGGACAAGGUCCCGCUCUCGAUCAAGGUCUUACGGGUAUCGUCGCUCUGGCUCACCACGGUCCCCUCCCCCUUACCGUGGAGGAGCCUGGGAGGGAGCGGAAGGAGCAGCACCCUAUAGGUCUCGGUCACGGUCUCGCUCCCCUGGAGGCUACCGGAGCCGCAGCCCAGGUGCACGAAAGCCACCUCCUCGGGAGCUGCCCCCUUAUGACCUGAAGGGUCCCAGUCCCGGAGGCCACGAUCGCUGGGAAAGAGAAAGGUAUCGACAGUGGGAGAAGGAGUACGCAGACUGGUACAACAAGUACUACAAAGACUAUGAUGGCCAACAUCCCCCACUGCAUCACAGAGGUCGUGGGAGCAGAGACAGGGAGAGGGAAGGAAGGGACAGAAUGUCUCCAUUGUCUAGAGAUUACUCCCCCCAGGGGAGAGGAAGAAGAGGGAGAGAAGAGAGAGGCGCUCCACCUCACCAUCCUCCAUCCUCUUCCUCAUCAGGGACCAAAUCCAGCACUAAAGUCCUGAAGGCAAAGAAAGUAAAAAAGAAGAAGACGGGUGAGGAACCAGAGCCAUCACACCAGUCAGUGGAUAGAGGAGAUGCGACUCCUGUCAGAGACGAACCAAUGGACGAAAUCCCUUCACUCAUUAAAACACCUCCCAUCUCCUCAAAGGCUCCAGUUGGUGCCGCAGCCACUAAGGCUCCAGCCUCUAAAAGCAGUGCUGCACCCAUUAAACCCUCAACCAAGUCAACAUCAAAGACUCUGUCUGAUAAGACUAAGAAAGACAAGGGUCAAAAGGUAAAAGCUAAAGUUAAGACAGAAGGCGUAAAGGUAAAGAGUGACAAGGUGAAGAAAAAGACUGGAGAAGGAGUGGUGUCCAAAAAGAGAGAGUCCUCGUCCUCCUCUUCUGUCGCCAAACCGUUAAAGAGCAUUAAAACCAAACCAGAAGAUACCCCCAGCUCAAAUACCCUGAAAAAGGAAAAGGGCACAAGUUCUUCAGUGAGGCCCGCCUUGCUUAAGACCCCUCCACUGUCCUCGCAGAACAUGCCUCCACAUCAUCCCUCUCUCCAUGAUGGCCUUCGACCCGGCCACGACAUGCGGGGGAGAAGAGAUCUCCCACAGGGCGGUGGCCUCCUUCCCCUUCCCCAUCAACAUGGACACCCACUCCUCCACCGACCUCCCUCCCCAGUGGACAGUCGAAGGAGGAUGGGAGAGGAGGGCCGCUCUUUACUCGGGCCUCCUCCUGGAAAGCUGAGGAGAAUAGAUGGGCUGGGAGUUGGAGGUGAUGUCGUCUCGCACUCGCACAUGUCUCAUCACCAGCCUCCGCUCCACAGACUCCCACCCUCCUCAGACAGGCCCGGUCUUCUUCCUCUUCCAGGAAGCCGUGAGAUGGGCCGGGGAGACUCCGAUCGUGGAUCCAUCAGACCUCUAAUGGACCUUCAGGUGAAGCCACUGACCCAGAGGAGGAUCAAGUUGAACAGAGAUCUAGGGAGAAAGGGCAGCACUGAGACCUCCACCUCAGACAGAACCCCGUCAGAUCCUGAGAAGACGACCUCCACCUCAGACCGAUCAACUGCAGCUAACACCUCUGAAGGAGACAGACCCAGCAGUACAGCAGAAGGUGCCGGAAGAAAGGAGCGAUCAGCGUCUGCUGAGAGGGGGGUCUCCAGAGAGAGACCAGGAAGCGCUGGAGAGAGGCAGCAGGGCUCGGACAGAGAGCAGAGCAGAAGCUCGGGACAGGACCGAGAGCGAGACAGAACUUCAGGAUCAGACAGAGACAGAGGCAUAGCAUCUGACAGAGAGAGGGACAGGGUCUCUGGGUCAGGCUCACAGAAGGUAGCAGUAGAGAGAGAUGCCGAAGGAGAGAGGUCAGUAAGGACAGAACGAAAGAACUCCAGUGGUGGAAGUGCAGGAGGGAGGUCUGUGUCUCUGGAUAAAAUGAGCAUCGGAGAGAAAUCAUCCGUCACCAGGAGAGUGGCAGACCAUCAGGAGAAACCAAGCGUAUCCUCUAAGGAGAGAGGGGAGGGGUCAGAAAGAGCUUCUAAAUCUGACAGGAGUGUGUCCAAGGACAGGACAGAGAGGAGUGUCCCCUCAGGAGAGAAACCAGCUGCUUCUCACAGAGAAGUGAAAGAUGUCGAGGAGUCUGUUGUGAAGAGCAAACCAAGGAUCAGCCGAAAGGCCCUGACAAGCCACACCACUAGGUCAACUCAAGAAACAAAGCGAGAUUCACACAAAGACCAGAAGAGUGCAUCCUCCAAACCUGCAGAGCAGCCCCCAUCUAGCCCUGUGAACAGCCGUGGCCGUAGCCUGAGUGUCAGCCCUCCACCCAGCCCGGCCAGGGAGGAGCCGCUCAUUCAGCCUCCUCCUCGCUCCAAGUGGGAGAGAGAGGAUGACGAAGAAGGCCAGGAAAAUGGACUUUGUGCACCCAAGGAGCCCUCGCCAGUGCCACUGAGGGGCCGAGGCAGAGAGGUGCAGACUGAAGCACCUAAACCUGCCAGGAGCGAAGGCCGGGAUGCCACAAGGGAGGAGAGGAGAGGUGUAGUUAGAGAAGAGAAGAAAGGGAGAACACAGAAGGAAGAGGGUAAAGGUGGCAGGACGGCACAGACAAAUUCUGACAAACCAAAAACAAAAAUUGUGAGGGAGGACACAAAAGGAGUAAGAGAAGAAGGGAGAGCUGCAGCAAGAGAGGAGGGGAGAGGAGGGGGAGGAAGAGAGGAAGGGCGAGGAGUGACAGGAAAGGAAGAGAGAGCAGCUGGAGGUGGAGGAGGGCGAGAGGAGAGUCGCUGCCCAGAGCCCAGGAGACAGCGCCUGUGCUCUGACCUGGGUCGUGAGACGGACGAGGCAGCCUUUGUGCCCGACUACAGCGAAGGCGAAGGCUCGGAGCCCGAGAGAGGGAGGAGCGGCAGCCCCAGUGUGUCCCUCAGCCAACCCUCCCACAGCCCCACCAUGAGCAACCACAGUGGCUCGGGAACCACCACAGCGGACAAGAAGAAGAAAAAACACAAGAAACAUAAAAAACACAAGAAGCACAAGAAGCAUGGGAGCCAGGACAAAGAAGGAGAACACAAGGAGCACAAGCACAAACACAAGAAGAAGAAACACAAAAAGAACAAGGACAAAGAUGUGGAGGAAGAGGAGAAGAUGGAGAAAGCAGAUGAAGGGGCUCCAUGCUAACAGGGCUAAGACUGCUGCCCUAAAUCUGUAACCUUCUUUGUUAAUAAGGAGAUCAUGAUGUAUCUAGAAUCGGCUAACACUGGCAUGCUGCUCCAUGUGCUACUCGGAAGAGAAUAGAUGAAAUAGGUCUUUGACUCUUUGGUGACUUUGGGUCUGGAGUAAUGUGCUGCACUAUUGUGAUCAAUCUAGAGUCGGCCACAAAGGACUUGAUGAUAAUAACUGAUCACAGAGCAGUCAGUCUAAUGAUUGGAAUAACAAACACUGUACUCAGGGAUGUGAUUGCUUCUUUGUAGAGGAGGAGUUGUUGGUCCUCUGCCUCUUGAUUCAUUUGUAAAUAGAGAUUAACUGUUGCUUCACAUAAUAAUCAUUUUCCUCAGUUUGUUUUGCUCACAUCCCUGUGUGUCGUUCAAAGCUUAAAUGCUGAAUAGCCUUCAUUGCAGUGAGGGCCGUUGUAAGCUAUUUUUGAAG